AUGUCAGCCUCAGAACUACCAUAUGAAAUCCUUUCGAAAAUUGCCGAUCUCCUUUUGACGGGUGACAGGUUUUCCUGUGUUCUUACUUGUAGAAGAUGGAGAUAUCCGUUUCAAGAGGCUCUGUGGAGAAACAUGCAUGUCAAUUCCAUGAAAAAUCUUGAAACUAUAUGCAAUGCAAUCGAAGGCUCCAGAACCAAGUCUUCAUCAUACGGGCUAUUAACACAAAGCCUGCGUAUGGAUGGAUACUGCACUAUUCCACAUUGGCAGCAACAUGCAUUUUUUCGAUCCAUACCAAACUUAAGGCAUCUUGAUCUCGGACGUACACGUUACCAAGAGAUGAACACACAUAUGAUAAGACUGAACAAUACAUGGAAAUCGUUAGAAAGUUUGAGAGUUGAGGUCCAUGGCAGUAAAAGGGCCGUCGACACCAAAUCCUUUGUUGAAUUUUUAAAAACGUGUCGAAAGCUUCAAAAGUUAGAAAUAUUUCAGAAUGCUUUUGAUAAUCCAGUCAUGAUUAGCUCGAAGGAUUUCAACAAUCUACAUCAAAGCUUAAAGCAGCUGUCACACCUGAAAGCUUGCCUAUACCUCAAUCAGAUUCGCCAAAAUGCAGAACCCACAAUCCCAAUCACUACACCAGCACCCGCCUUGAUAUCUCUCGAUUUAGACUUGUUUUCGUGGCAUCCUUUGUGGAUAUAUUAUUUUGGUUACAAGUAUCCGAACUUAAGAUUCUUGAGAUUGGAUGUGUCAAAUGUGCCAGAUUGUUGGAUACCUCAAGAGAACCUGCAACGAAUGCCAAGUCUUUUUCUUUCCAAUCCAAAUGUACUCCAACAUUUGGAAACAUUCGAGUUUCUAACUACAGAAAUGUCACAAUGGUCCCAUAUUGUUUUCUGGGAAUUUCUUUGUCCAUUACAAAUUCCUAUCAAGCAUUUAAAGUACAAGACGAAAUACAGCAAAUGUGAUGCAGAGUUUUUAGAGAUGGCUAUUGCACGUUUCGUAAAAUCUUUUUCAAACACACUCGAGACUCUCUCAGUCGAUGGAGAUGUUUUUUUCAAUGCCAAGUAUAUUACAAAGCUUAGUUUCACCUCUUGCUGCCCAUUGUUGGUGGAUCUCGAAAUUAAAGAUUGUGGCGUAUCUAUUGAGGUGGACAAUCUGUUGGAUAUCUGUGUAGCCCUGAGACGACUGAGAUUUUCUAACGGAAAGCUAUGGGUUGACCAAGACACAACAAACCAGGAACGAAAUCAUGAAAAUUACCAGCAGAAACAUAGGCAGCAUGAGUUACAGAUUCUGGUGUUACAUUGGGUCAACGCAAGUGCUGGUGUAUUUACCCACAUGUCUUCCAGGUGCAGGCGCCUUGAAUAUAUGAGCUUAGGAAAUUCAGAUAUUUGGGGCUCAAUUUCAAAAGAAACCGGGAACUUACUUCUCGAUAUGUCCUAUACUUCCUUCAAGGCAUUACGGCUCAAAAACGUUCAAUAUCAUUCAUCCGACAGAGACACAGGAAAAAAUACUGCGAUUAACAUUUCCCUCCUUCCGCAACUAAACAACAGUCGGUCACCAAAAGAAAUAAUGGAAGAAAAGGGGAAUAAGGACUCAAAACUUUCUAUAAUAGAACAUUAUCAGCACCAUUUGGCGUGGUUCCAUACCUUUUUCGAUGAUGAUUAUGAAUAUGCGACCGCACCAUGUAUCAGGCAGCUUUCAGUCCAAGAAGUUAAUACUGCGCUUGAAUACUAUCAGGACUUCUUGUCCAGAGAAAGUACCAAUGCUUUAGAUGUUUUCAGAUCGUUGAACGGCCAAGUGUCGGAAAAAGAUUGGGAAGAGGAUCUUUGUAGAGGUUACGCCGAAUUUAGAUGUAGCCACAUAGAAAAAUAUACUAUUCCUGGUCUUACACCUGAUGAUGAAAAGUUCUGGGAAAAUCUGUACAAUAAGCUUUUUUGA